UGUCCAAUCAGAGAGCGUGGUGCUGAAGGGCCGCUGUACAGGCUGGUAUCAGAAGGUGACAUUAGCAGGUUCCGGACGGGUUCGGGAGUUUAGAGUAGCGGGUAGAGAAUGUCCACGAUCGGGAGGACGGUGGGAAUUUUCCGAGCCGGAGCUCAGGUCCUCCGCCGGGGGACCCAGCGAGUCCAGGUCCGCAGAGCGGGAGAUGGUCCACACAUCGAGGCCCAGUACAGACAGCCCCCACAGCUGACCAAACACCAGCAGUUCCAUGCUGAGCUGCUGAGCGGAGCCAUGUGGUUCUGGAUCCUGUGGCACAGCUGGCAUGACCCGGACGCAGUACUGGGUCAUUUCCCCUGGCCGGACAUGUCCGCAUGGACAGACGAGGAGUUGGGAAUCCCUCCUGAUGAUGAGUAAAAAGCUCCAUGUUGUGAGUAUGAAGGUUCUGAAUCCGGAUUCUGAUCAGAGGCUCCUCCAGACUCUCUCCAGUUCCAGACUGCUAAGAGUUAAUUCUGUACAGAGACUUAUUUAUCAAGUCUGAUUUAAUAAAGUUUAAUUGUGUUAAA